CAGCAAGAAUCUCCAGAAUCACUCUCCGAGACUGAGGAACAAAAAUUAGUAAAAGGAAAAGACUCUGAAAUAUUAGACCUGACGGUGCGUCUCCGUCCUGCUUGUGCGUUGCACAUUGCUCAUCAUGAAUACCAGAGCCGUCUUCGUUAUAUGGCCGCAGACUUCCAAAACCUCCAGCACAGAUCAGAGCGCGAAAAGGCUCAAGCAAAAGAAUUCGCCAUCACCCGAUUCGCCAAAGAUCUCCUCGACACCCUUGAUGUCCUUUCCCUCGCUCUCAAAUCAGUUCCUCCCGAAUCUCGUCAUAACUCUGAAGAAAACCCACGGCUGGUUGAACUAUAUAAAGGCGUGGAACUCACAGAAAAACAACUUCUUCACACGCUAGCACAGCAUGGCGUAAAACCGUACAACCCGCUAGGCGAGCCUUUCGACGCCAAUAGGCACGAAGCAUUGUACAGUGCCCCUGCCCCAGAAGGAAAAGCAGCAGGCGUCGUUAUUGAUGUUCAGAAAAUUGGGUAUACUAUCGGUGUUCGAACAUUACGGGCUCCUCAAGUUGGGGUUUCAUCUGACUCAUCGCCACAUGCUAGCUAAUAUUUGUGAACAUUUACAUAUGUGGUGGCAAUAUUAUAUUACACUGUAGUUGAUUCCUCUCAACAUCGAUCAUACUUUGCAUCUACAUUUUGCUCAAUGACAUUAGCAUUUUU